GUGGUCAGAGUUGCCAUGGUUACACAGAGUUCAUACAUAGAUGGAAAUAGAAAGGGUUGUGCUGAGAGGGAUGGAGGCAGAGUGAGCUCAGAACAUCUCAGAUCAGAGACGACACACCGAGGGCAAUCAGACAAGAUGCAAACGCUCCGAGAUCAGGACGCGCUCAUCCCUCGGCCUCGGGGGGAAUUGCCUAAACUCUAUGCUGCAGGGCUGGUUGCCUUAGCAACCAUGGGGGUUGUGGUUUCGUCUCCGGACAGCUUUCUGGGCAUGGUGGCCUUAGCAGCUCUCAUGGUGACACUAGGGCCUCUGCUGCACGGACUCUGUCUGCUGGCUGAGGAGCUGCGGCACCACUCGAACACAAGGUACCGGGCAUGUCGUCACAUGCUGCCAGCCUGCGGUCUGUGGGGUAAAACCCUGCUGGCUGCAGGGCUGGCAGGUCUCUUCCUGUACCUGACCAAACAGCUUCUACCGCCCAGAGACCAGUGCUCGGAGCUCCUUGUUCUGGUUCCUGCCGUCUACGCCCUCCUCAAAAGCCUGGGAGUCAUGGGUCCGUCGGAGGUGGAGGUGUCAGGCAUCUGCGAGGGGAGGAAGAUGAAUGUGGCUCACGGCUUGGCCUGGUCCUUCUACCUGGGCUACCUGCAGCUGGUUCUGCCACGCCUGGAGAACUCCAUCGCUGCGUUUUGUGCUGCACAUCACCGCAGCACCCCCCUCUGGAGCCGUGGCUCCAGGAAGCUCCUCAUCCUCGUCCCUCUGAGCGCCAACAUCUCACACAAGCUGGAAGACGAAGAUGACAACAUCAGUUUUUUGGAAAACCUCCCAAACAACGAGAUAGACCGGGCCGGAGUCCGGGGCCGGGUCUAUAAACACAGCGUCUACAGAGUGAAGGACGGGCAGGGGGCGGUAGGUCAGGCCCAUGACUGUGCAGUGGAGUAUGCCACCCCCCUGUUGACUCUUUACCGGAUGUCCCAGGAGAGGAGCGCCGGCUUUGGGGAGCCGGAGCGCAGACAGCAGGUUCUGCUCUUCUACAGAACCCUGCAGGACGUUCUGGAGCAGUCGCUGGAGUGUCGCAACCGCUACAAACUCAUUCUGCUCAGCGAUGAGCAUGAAGAUGAUCCUCAUUUCCUGUCCAAGGCCAUCCUGAGACACCUGGAUCGAGAUAUCUCAGGAUGGCCUUGCUGCAAACAUCUGCAGCGUCUGCAGCUAAGGUCUAGCAGCAGACGCAGCCCCAACAAACCACGCCCCCGAAAAACCACGGCCCCGACAAAACACGCCCCCGACCAAACACGCCCCCAUGUGCCUGUUGAGCUCCCCGGAGCUCCCCUGGUGGUCAGAAUUAUCAGACACAAGGUCAAAAGGUAUUACUGGGAUCAGCAGGAGAGAGAGGAGUUCUGUCUCCAUCCACUUCCUGAACAGGAAACCAAAGAAACAUUUGUGGGGCUAGGGUUAGCGCCAUCUGCUGGUGGGAACCAACCUCGACCUGAACCGAUGAGCAGAGAGCCCACGCUGAUGAUCAGCCUGGAGAAACCUCAGUCUCUGCAGGUGCCUGUGGAGAACACAGACAUCCACCACAGAGGAACAUAAACGGGACCUGAGAGGAACCCGAACCCUAACCACCACUUUCAGUGAGGAGCCAGCAGGGGGCGCUGACGUGUUCCAAAGAUAACAUUUGUGUGUGUACUAGUUUAACUAUCCUUCUUAGGACCAGUGAGUCUGUUCUUUAGUCACUGAGUCACAUUUAGGGAGGAGCAAACUUAUUUUACCUACAAGUGACUCAAAACUGCUCUUUUUGUUGUUCUUUAGUAAAAAUGUGUCCAUGUUGUGUCUAAAUGACAAAAAACCGUAAAGAGUUUCUGCAUAAGAAUCACCAGAGAAGAGGAAAAGUUCAAACAUGAGGAAGAGAGAGGUGUGUUUCUAGCUGGAUCAGUCAUAAGACGUCUGGCACUGAGCCAGUUAGUCUGUACGCACACGCACGCACGCACACACACACACACACACACACACCUACCUCAUGACUUAUUGUGCAGCUGAAGCGGUUCUGAUGUGUUAACUGUUCCACACUCAGGGGAGCAGGACGACAGAACGAUUUGUCCCCAUGUUUUUACACAAAGUGUUCAGAUUGUCCCUUGGACAAAUUUGUCUCAUCCGGCUCUAAAGCGCGUGUCCAGAGACUCACUAAGGUGGAGCUUUAGGAGUUCAGCGUUUCUAUGUCGUGCUCCAGGUAUAGGAUGCAACAAAAGUCCACACUGAAGUGAUUCAGGGCAACUUUUGAUAUCUCACAUGAAAAUACAAAAACAUCCCGGAGCUCUUUCUCAGAAAGCACAAAAUCCUCUUGGUCCUGGCUAAAAGUUUAGAAAUCCGAAGACGUCUGUGUCUUUUUGUUUAAAAUAAAUCAUUUCAAACAUGA